AUGUUGCUGCGUCCAGCGGUGCCGACAACGCUGCUGUACGUGUCCAGACUGCCUCAUUCCACGAAGGUUGAAGAAGUCGUGGAAUACUUGCGCGUAAAGACUAACUGGACUUCGAGGGUCGAGCUGUUGGAGUUGCGUCAGUCAGUCAGGCGGAACGAAGAAUACCACUUCUUUAGAAUAACAUCUGCCUUUGUGAUUCCUCACUAUUCGAGGACUAGCGACCAGUACUUUAGCGUUACACGAGACUCGGAGCAUAUUGUACUGCCAGCAGUGCCUACUUCAGUACAAAUUGUCCGAAAUAAACGCACGCAGCAUAUGACAAUAUGUAACCAGCCGGCCGGGCUACACACCAUCACACCAGACUCCCACGAGGCCGAAGGAAACACAUCUUUCUGGCAGAAUACAGAUGAGCUGAUGUUACUGACUGAAUAUUGCCGGCACUCGGGACAACUGUCCACAAGAAUUGCGCGGCGCGUUUGUCUCCAGGUAGUGACAAGUAGCUUCGUCGCGAGCGGUUUCAACACAAGUGUUUUCCGACGAGUGGCCACUAUCGAUCCCGACACGCGAUCCAUGUCGAUCACGGGCGCGCACUCGACGGCCGCAGCCGAACUUUACGAUUGUGAAGAGUCACCGCAUCGUGGUCACUCUGAUAUGAUCUGUGGAAUGCACGUCACGUCCGGCUCCAGGCAACAAUUAGCAGAGUGGAAAACAAACAAAAAAAAACAGACUAGAUGUCGCGCGUGUACCGCCGCUCGACACGCGGAUUCCAGAUGGUGCAGAUAUUACAAACAGCAGCACUCGAUAAUAAGCACACGCAUGACUCUCGCAGAACAAACGCGGCCCGCUGGAGCUGGUCAAAGCGAGAGUAUCAAACACGAGAGCUCGUACAGGUCGUGCAGGCCACUCGCUGGAGGGCCGCAUCGAGCGCCCGGCCAAUUAGGGCCCACCACUUGCCCUGAGAGCUCUUCACUUACCCGCUUAGCCUCCGCCGCUUCUCCAGACGUCUACACUUAA